AACACGGUAGGAGCUCCCCUGAUAAAACAGUUCACGACCGCCACGUCCGGGGAAAUCCCAAACUGUAUCGAUCCCGGCGACGAAAUCCCGAUCCCGCGACCCACCGGCAAGCAACUAAAUCUCGGAGCCGAUCACGUGACCCAUCGGCCAGCGACGUAAUAAUCCCGCAGUCGACCCACAAGCUGCCGGCGACGAAAUCCCAAACUCGAUCCCGCGACCUACCGGCCGGCGACUCCCGCCGGCGCCCUUGGUACGAUGGCCGAAGACGAUGUUGACUGGACACAAAUCUUUGACAGGGUCAAAGGAUCCAUCUUCUCCAUCCGGUUCGUUCCGAAGCAAGACAAUCUUGAACAACUCCAAGUCUUGGCUGAUGGGGUGAAGACAGUUAAAGAUGAAGAGUUGCGGCGGAACAAGCUCAGGAAAGGACAUGCUUCAACUGGUUUCGUCUACUACUCUAGACCAACCGGCCUGCUAAUCAUGACUAGUGCACACGGUUUGAACCAUCUUUUCGACGCUUCUCGACCUUUGACACUAGAGACACUGGGCAUGAUGGAUAUAACUGUUCUAUGCGAUCAUCAAGAAGAAGUUAUUCAGGAAGCCAGAUUGGUUAAUGCUGUCAGGAAAUAUGCCACUGCAAGGGCAGAGGGGGUUAAUUCAAAUAAAGACACAAUUGUUCUCAGUGUUGACAGCAUCAACCUCAAGAAUUACUCGGAUGAUGGCGUAUGCGUCCAAGCACACCCUCCCAUUGACAUCUCUCCCAACACGCCAAUAGUUGGGAGGCAGUGCAUGAUGGUCUCUUGGCCGUCCAAUAUGCCCAGAAUGGUUUCCAUGGGUGAAAUUGUUUCUUCUAGGGGGAUUGGCAUGCAGAAUCCUUUUGGGUACAACAUGACCGUAUUGGAAGUCGAUAUGAGAACCGAGGAGAGUUCGUCCGGCGCGCCGCUUUUCAAUUCAAAUGGUGAGGUCAUAGGCAUUCUUCAAGGGAGUUUGAGUCGGACCCGCUCGAUCUUCGUGACGGGGUCGCAUCUGCACGGAUGGGUCCAACCAGCUGAUGAUGCAUGAGUCCAAUAUAAAUAGAAUUUAAGCUCUAUGUAUUUCGGCAUGUAGUAAUUCUCUGUUAGUAGCAUUUGUUCCGUAUGUUAAGACAUUUAUUAUGUCUCCUCUUGCCUUGGUUUUGGCAGUUUGGGCUUCUAUAUCCCCCGUCGAGUAGCAAAAACUGUUAUGUAGCAUCUAUAAUUGCAAAUGGGAAUUGGAGCUCUCAUCUCGACUCAACCUUCUCACGUUAUUAUCCUGUUAUAUUGAUUC